UUUCUAAAACGCCACACACUCUCUGCUGACGCCAGCGCCAAAUCAUUCGCCAUCAUCUCGUCACUCUGCCUGCCGGUCCAUCCUCCUCAGUGCUCCACAGAGUGCCUGCUGUCUGUUGCGAGCCGCCACCGCUUGUCGUUGCAGCAUUUCUUAAUUCAGUUCAGUUCUCAUCUUCGUUUAUUUAAUACAAACUGUUUUCCGUGGCGUCUGGUUCCCUCUCUGUAUUGUGUAUUUGCUCAACUACAGAUAAUCAAAUUUAUAUUGUGCAUGCAAAGAAAUAAGUAAAACAUGCAAAACGACUGCGAUCGCGGUUGCUGAACAGGCACAAUAUUCGACAAACAACGACGCCGCAUUUAACGCAACCAAAUAAUCCAACAAAGAAGCCGCCACAGUUGAAAUAUCAACACAAUCCCCACUUAACAUAUUCCUAAAAACGGAAGAAACUAAAUACCGAAAUAACAACGAGAUGAAGUACUCAACUGGCACAACAGACAACGCGAUGUCCUGCGGCAUCGACAGCAACACAAACUCCAACAGUGCAUUAAACGAUAUGCAGCCCAAAACCUCCACACCCACACAGACACACUCCCACAAGGAGGCCACAUCUACGACAACGCCCGCGAAAACAGGCGCAACACAAAUGCAUACCACCCAUACCAAUACCAUUGCCAACAGCAACUGCAAUUCCAAUCCCCAUCAGCCGGCUAACGCGCUGUUCUGCGAGCAGGUGACCACAGUGACAAAUCUCUUCGAGAAGUGGAACGACUGCGAGCGAACCGUCGUCAUGUACGCGCUGCUAAAGCGUCUGCGCUACCCGAGCCUCAAGUUCCUUCAGUAUUCGAUCGACAACAAUUUGACACAGAAUCUGGGGACCUCGCAGACGAAUCUAAGCAGCGUGGUCAUCGACAUCAAUGCCAACAAUCCGGUCUACUUGCAGAACCUGCUGAAUGCAUACAAGACGUUUCAGCCCUGCGAUGUGCUGGAUGGCAUGUCCUCCUCCUCCUCCGACAAGGACUCGAUGCCGUGCUAUGGCAGCGAUUUUCAGAUCACAACCUCCUCGCAGUGUGAUGAGAGGAAGCUGUAUGCCCGCAAGGAGGAUAUACUCCACGAGGUGCUGAACAUGCUGCCGCUGCUGAAGCCGGGCAACGAUGAGGCCAAACUCAUAUACAUGGCCCUGAUUCCGGCUGCUGUCAAGGACACCAUGCAGCAGAUUGUGCCCACGGAGCUGGUGCAACAGAUCUUCUCCUACUUGCUCAUUCAUCCGGCCAUAAGCAGCGAAGAUCGACGAUCGUUAAACAUUUGGCUGCGACACCUCGAGGACCACAUUCAGGCAGCCGCCGCUGGUCUUACGAAUCGCAGCUACUUCCUGCAGCCCUCGCCACAACUGGUCGCAGGAACCAGCUCCACGGGCAGCUCAUCGGCAGCUAGUUCUUCGGCGGCCUCCUGCUCUUCGGUGGCCUCUUCAUCACUGAGUAACCUAGGGAGCAGCUUGUGCACCACUAGCAGCUCGCGAUCGUCGCGCAGCAAUGACUGGCAAACGAUUGCCCCGCCCAGCAAGCAGCAACAGCAGCAGCACAAACUCACCGGCGGCGACUGGCGAGGCAGCGGGGGCUCCAGCGGAUCGAUUAAUCCACUCUGUGAUAAUUUAAAUGGUAUUACCCUGAACGAAUUAGCUUCUAGUCAGAAUAGCUUAGGCCUGUCGCUGGACAGCAGCUCCUUGCUGGUCAACAGCGUCGUGGCGGGAGCGGCAGCGGGCUCAAUGCUUGGCAUCGGUGGCACCGAAGACCAUGACACGUCAUUCAGCAAGAAUGGCACGGAAAUCCUCGACUUUGAGCCCCCCAUUAUGGCAGAUAUGGGUGAGGCCAGCGGCAUAAGCAAUCUCUGUCAGCAGCCUCCCACCUCACAUCAUCAACAGCUGUUGCAACCGCCUCCGUCAGGUCCACAACUGCCCUACGCCUCGAUAUUGAUGGGUAAUGUGGGCGAUCAGUUUGGUGACAUCAAUCGCUGGAGUCUGGACAGCAAAAUAGCAGCCCUGAAGACGCGGCGCUCCAACAGCUUGACCACUCAAACCAUCUCCAGCUGCUCAUCCUCAUCCAACUCGUCAGUGAUCACGGUCAACGACAACUGCUCCAACUCCACAGAGAAUCUGGCCCAGUUUGCCAACAAACCGAGGAGUUUCUCUCUCUCCAUUGAACAUCAGCGCGGAGCUUUGGCGAACAGUGGCUCCGAUACGCGGCUGGACGAGUUCAAGCCCGGCUACAUCAAGUUCCAGACCCGCAAUGUGGGCAUGUCGGGGAUAGGCCUCUGGCUGAAGUCCCUACGGCUGCACAAAUACAUUGAGCUGUUCAAGAACAUGACCUACGAGGAGAUGCUGAUGAUUACAGAGGAAUUCCUCCAGAGCGUGGGUGUCACAAAGGGUGCCUCCCAUAAGCUGGCCCUCUGCAUUGACAAGCUGAAGGAGCGUGCCCACAUCCUCAGCAGGGUGGAGCAGGAUCUGCACGCGGGACAGAUUAAGCUCAGUACGGCUGUCGAGGAGCUAACACACAUUGUGCUGACGCCAAUGAAACCCGUGGAGUCUAUGGGGCCACUGGAGGAGAACAUUGGUCAUCGCUUCCUCAAGGUCAUCGACCUGGUCAGCAAUGCCCUCCAGGCGGAUCCCUACUGUGUGCAGGACGAUGAAACAAUGGGUGUGUUCAUGUGGAUACUUGAUCGUUCUAUUCAUAACGAGGCGUUCAUGAACCAUGCCAACCAACUCAAGGAACUCAAGUUUAAGCUGUCCAAGCUGAAAAUCUCAAUGGUUUCAAAGCUGCACCAUGUGAAGACUCCCGGCGUACCCACUGGCGGCAACAUCAACAAACCCAGAUGGAAUGGCAAGACUCGCAAGUGUGAUCCCAAGAAUGGCAGCAGUGAUAGGAUUAACAAUCGGAAGAACUCUAAUGACAUGUUGAAUUUCUCCCUGAACUGCCUGCAGCAUCCCCUGCCGCAUCACCAGCAGCAGCAGCAACAACAACCACCGCCACCGCCGCUACAGCAAUUUGAGUACAACGGCUACGGCGGUCCGUCGCAUCAGCCGCAGUAUAAGAGCUCUUCAUAUCCCAGCUUCAUGAGCAAUCACCAACAGCAGCAGCAGCAGCCACCCAAGUCGCACCACCAUGCCCAGCAAAUGCAGCAGAUGCUUCAGCAGCACAACCAUUUCCCGGCCUUACCGCAGCAGACGCCACCGCAGUCGCAUCGUCGAUCGCUGAACAACCUCAUUUUGGUAACUGGUGGGCCACAGCAGCCGCAGCAAAUGGUCUUCAAGCCGGGCCAGGGGGUGCUUACCACCAACACCAACGGCUCCAACGAUAGUCUGGUCAUGGAUUCAAGGAGUCAGCAGCAGCCACGCAAGCCAAGCCUAAACGGUCUUAGCGCGAACGGAAAUGGUGGAGUGUCCAGUUCGGAGCAACAUCCAAAGAAGACCAUGGCCGCCGUGGUGAUGGUUAGUAGUCAGAGUCAGGAGUCGCAACACAGCGAUCAUCAGCAUCCACCACAAAUUUUAAUCAACAACAACAAUAACAACAACAUACUGAACAACAAUUUGAUUAACCAGCAACAGCUGCAGUUGCUGGCGGCUGCUGCCGCUGCAGUGGGCAGUGGCAGCUGUCUGUGCCCAUGUCCUGGUGGUGGUGGCGGCAGUGGAGGGGCCUGCAGCAACACUCUCUGCCAACAGAGCAGCAAGAACAACAAUCACACUGCAGAUCAUUGCCUGUCCCAGCCGCAGCAUCAGUUGAUUAGCCUAAGCAUGGCGCCGCACGAAUAUAAAAUGAACGAUUUUAAGAGCCUGGAACAGCUCGAGACGUUGUGCCGCCAAAUGACUGAACAGGCAAUGAACUGAGCCAACUCGCCCGCUCAGCGAUGAUUUUGUGGCAGUUUUUGUGUUCACUGCGUUUUGAAGAUUGAUUUCAUAAACGAAAAUGAAUGUGUUUUUA